AUGGCAUCAGUCAACCAGAUGGGCGAGGGCACGCUACCCAGCGUGGCAGAGUUAUUCUCGCUACAGGGCAAAACAGCAAUAUGCACUGGUGGUACGGGAGGUCUUGGCCUGUCAAUGGCCAUCGCGCUCGCAGAAGCAGGUGCGGAUAUUGUCUCGAUACAGAUUAAGGACGACGCAAGGGCAUCAAUGCUCGAGGAGGGAGUCAAGGCCUGUGGUAGAACCUUGAAGGUAUUUGAAGCAGAUGUUGCCGACUCACCAUCAUUAAGGGCCUGCUUCGCCAAGAUCUGGGAGAGCCGCAUCACACCUGAUAUCUUGUUGAACUGUGCGGGAAUCAAUAGACGGGCCAAGGUCGAGGAUUUCACGGACGAGAAUAUCGAUGCGGAAAAGGUGUUUUCAAUCAAUCUGAAAGCGUCAUUCGUAGCUGCGCAGGAGGUUGGCAAGAGACUCCUAGAGCUGAAGCGGCCCGGCAAGAUCAUCAACAUUGCAUCCAUCAUCUCUUUCAUCGGAAACAUCAACAUCGCUGCAUAUGCAUGCACAAAGGGAGGUGUUCUGCAAAUGACAAAAGCUAUGAGUAAUGAAUGGGCAUCCAAGGGCAUCAACGUCAAUUGUAUUUGCCCAGGAUAUAUCAAGACGGCCAUGACCAAGGUGUAUACUGAUGACCCAGCAUAUUCCGAAUACAUCAUCGGGCGGACACCUGCUGGUCGUUGGGGAUUACCCGAGGAUUUCCGUGGAGCAAUCAUCUUCCUUGCUAGUAGGGCAAGCGAUUUCGUUUGCGGGACAAGCAUUGUGGUAGAUGGAGGUCUGAUUGCGAAGUGA